AUGCAUCUCCUCUCACGACAUCGCGUCGUCCUAUCUCUCCUCUGCCUCCAGACACUCCCGCAUCUUGUCCUCAGCGCAUGCUACUUCCCCGACGGCACCAAAGCCGACGCCAGUUACCAGCCCUGCAACCCGUCCGCGUCCGAGAGCGCCUGCUGCGCCCUGAACAAAACCAACGGCGCCCUCAACGACAUCUGUCUCGACAAUGGCCUCUGCUACUCCCAGGACUCCGUCAACAGCGGCCUGAUCUUCCAGAACGCCUGCACAAAGCAGAGCUGGGGCACUGCUGCGUGUCCGAAGUACUGUCCGGUGGGUGGCUCCAGCGAUGGCUACUUCGUGCUGCCCUGUCCCGGCGCCGGCAAGGGCUUCUGGUGCUGCAGCGACUCCGGGAACGACUGUUGCUCCGGCGGUGCCUUUUCGCUGUCCAUGCCUGCGCUGUCGGUGAGCCCAACCACCACCUCGACUGCCGGCACGGCUACGACAUCCGCUUCGACGACGACGACGACGACGACUGCUACGACGCCCGCGACCACGACAGGAGGCAAUGACGACGGGCAUUGUGAGGCCGACUCACCGUCCGCCACGGCCGUCGGCGCCGGCAUGGGCGUCGCCCUGGCGGUCUGUCUGGCCGGCGCCCUGGCCGCGCUGUACUUCCAGCGCCGCAUGUACCGCCGGCAGUUGCUGGAGCACAAGGAACGCUUGGCCGCGCAGUAUGUUCCGACCCCGACGUACCCCAGUCCGGCCGGGUUGUAUCCGUCUCCUGUGGAGCUGAAUAGCUCGGGGAAGGCGGCGAUAUAUGAGUUGGGGGACAGUCGGCGCGAGAGUCGACAGCGGUUUUGA